AUUUUGCCUUUUGGCAUUGGGCUGUAGGAUUCCACAGCUCGACUGGCAGACCGAGCCACUGUAGCAACGCGCCGGAUCGUUUUGGCACACGUUUGCGCGAGCCUGAGCCAAACGGCGAAACAGCAACGGAGAAACUGGGCUGUAACACACCAUGCAGCAGCUUGCUCUCCUUGUUGCUGCCUCGGCGGCGGCGGCCUUCGCGCCGACGCCAAACCAACGCAUAGACACCCGCCUACACUUCAAUUUCGGCAACUUCGGCGGCAAGAAGGUCGAUGAGAAGGAGGCCGUGAAGCUCGCCGAGACGGUCGACGUCGUCGGCGCGCUCCCGACGGAGAUGGCGGGCCUCACGCCGGAGCUCGACGGCUUGCGCAAGGCGAAUGCCUUGUUUAAUCAGGGGCUUAUUAGUAUGGACGAGAUCGACGAGUACGCAGACACGCUCGCCGCGGCGAAGCGGAAGGAGGUCGCGGAGAAGGAGCGCGACGCGCGCGAGGCGGCCGAGCGCGAGGCCCGGGCGCGCGAGCGGACGCGCGCGGCCGCCCGCGCGGCGACGGGCGCCGUCGGCGGCCUCGUGGGCUUCGUGGGCCGCGGCGCGGGAAUCAAAUCGUCGCGGCGCGGCUCGGUUCCGCCAGCACGGGCGCGAGAACGCGUGCCCCCGACUCGCUGAUGGCGCGUCCGGCGUGGCGGUGUGGUCUCCCACCGCUCGGCUCCGCCAGCACGGGAGAACGCGUACCUAACUCACCGAUUGAUGUGCGCACAGGUGGGCCGGGGCCUCGCGGGCGCGGCGGGCGCGGCGGCGGGCGCGGCGGUCGAGGGCGCCAAGGGCGCCGCGGUCGCGGCCGCGACGGGCGCCGUCGAGGGCGUCAAGGCCGGGACCAUCGCCGUCGGCAAGGGCGUCGUGGACGUGACCAUCGUGCGGCCGGCCAAGGCCGUGGGCGACGCCGCGCUCAACGUCGCGACGGCGCCGGUGCGCGCCGCCGAGGCCGCCGCGCAGAAGGCGGCGGCGGCGCCCGGCGAGGCGGCGGCGCGCCUCCGGGCCGAGGCCGACGCCGCGCGCGCGGCCGCGGACGCGGCGGCCGCGAAGGCGAGCGCCGACGCGCAGGAGGCGGCGCGGCUCCGGCGCGAGGAGCUCGAGCGCGAGGCGACGGCGCGCGUCGACGACGUCAAGGCCCGCGUCGCGGCGGUCCAGGACGCCGUCGCGACCGCGCCGGACCGCGUCCGCGACGCGACGACGACGGCCGGCCGCGCCGCGGCGACGCUGCUCCGCGGCGCGGCCGCGAACGUCGCGGCCGUCGGCGCCGAGGACGCCGCGGCCGAGGCGCGCGCGGCGACCGUCGACAUGCCGGCGCCGCCGCCGACGGCCGGCGAGUGGCGCGCGGCCUGCGACGCGGCCGUCGUGUCGCACUACGACUUUGGCGUGCGCGCGACGGAGGCCGCGCGGCGCGCGCAGUUCACGGCGCAGGAGCCCGAGGACAUCUUUGAGGGCCUCGCCGAGGACGACAUGGGCGCGCGCUUCUCGGCCGUCGUCGUCCAGGCCUCGAAGAAGUUCGCGGCCGAGUUCCCGCCGCUCGCGCAGCGGACGGUGGCCACGACGCUGCGCGUUCCGCGGCGUCCCCUUGUUUGAUACAAAACGCCGUCGCGCGUCGUUCCGAGGCGGGCCGGGACCCACGGCCCCGCGUCUAUUUUAGCGCGACGGAGAGCGACCCCCGGGCCGCGCGCGCCGCGGUCGACCGAGACCGCCGGCCCGCGCGCCCCGGCACAUGACGUAAACCGUCGCAGGUCGAACGCGACGGCGUCGUUCGAGGCGGCGGCGGCGCGCGAGGCCGUCGAGAAGACGGCCGCGGUCGCCGCGCGCGAGGCGAUCCGCAAGAAGCGCGAGGACGACCUCAAGCGCCAGGACUUCAAGCUCGAGGAGACCGCGGCGACGGUCGAGCGCGAGGCGCUGCUCGCCGCGCGCAAGGUGCUCGCGAUCCCCGACGACGAGUACUUCGGCGACGCGACCGCGCUCGCGGACCCCGCCACGGCCCAGGCCGUCGCGGACACGCUCAAGGCGCGCACGGACGCGCUGCGGGCGGAGCGCGACCGGCGGCUGCCAGCGCCGUCCGUGCGCGCGCCGAAGCGGCCGCCCGUCGCGCCGCUCCGGCCCCUCGACGACAAGGCGGCGACCGCGCGCACGGACGCGGCCGCCGCCGACGCGCUCGCGCGCGACCGCCUCGCGCGCGCCGCCGAGGCCCUCGUCGUCGACGCGGCCGUCGGCGACGAGGCGGAGCGCGAGCGCAUCGUCGCCGCGCUCCAGGAGAAGCUCCUCUCGACGACGUCGGAGAAGUCCGCGAAACAGCGGGAGUGAAUAUUAUGCUUGGCUCGGGGCCGCUC